AUAUUUUCAAAGUUUAACUCUUUAAGAAUAUGUCUACGAGAGGAUUUUUGAAAAUUUAAAUUAUUUUCGGAGCUAUAGACAUUUUACUGACCCGGCCUCCAAACUGGUUCGGUUGGGUCUAGUCGAACAAAAGACAUUAGGGAUUCUCCGUCUACCUGAAUCUAUAUUUCUCAUGUUCACUAACAUCCAGCUGCUGGCAGUCAAAUCCCAACCUCGAAAACACGUGGACGUAUGUGCAGUGAUCGAAGGAUAUUUUGCGAGUAAUAAUUUUGAUUCUUAUAAAUAAAAUGGAUAAAAAAUCCACAACGAAAAAAUAUAAGCGUGCAGAUCGACCAACAAAACGGAAGUUCCACGACAAUCGGCACACUGUAGAAACAGACACCAGUUUUACUAGCUCAUCAGCAGCAAAGUUGAGAAAAUCAAACGAUGCAGAGGUUACAACAAAAUAAUUAUGGCUACUGUGUUUUAGAGUUUUUUACUGUGUGUUUCGGCACUUUCUUCUCUAGUUUUGUGUGCAAAUUGCAAUGAAGAAAUUAAAUUUUCACAAACGACUUACCGUGGAGUAGGUUUUAAAAUUAUAUUACAAUGUAGUUGCGAAAAUGACCAAUAUAUACCAUCAUGCCCAUUUAUUGAAAAAUGUUUUGAAGUGAACCGAAAAAUAAUAUUUGCUAUGCGGGUUUUGGGAGUUGGCAGGGAAGGAAUCAACAUCUUCUGUAGUCUGAUGGAUAUUUGUCAAGGAAUAUCAAUCGGGGCUUACUACGCUUGUGUCGAAAAUAUCCAUUUAGCUACAUCUGCAGUUUAUAAUCUUGUCAUUUCCAAAGCUGUCAACGAAGAAAAAGAUUUAAUUUCAGCUUGUGAUCCAAAUGCAAAUCCAACGGAGUUUACAGUUUCUGGUGAUGGGACUUGGAAAAAAAGAGGUUUUAAUUCUCUAUUUGGCAAAAAAUGGCAAGAUGGAAGUAGAUGCUGUUGUGGAGAUGUUCUGUAGAUCAGUUGAAAAACACGGAGUGAAAUACGUAAAAUAUAUUGGCGAUGGUGAUACAAAGACAUUCAAAGGCAUACUCGAUAUGGAUCCUUAUGAUGGUAACCCAUUGGUAGAAAUAAAAGAAUGCGUAGGUCACGUACAGAAUAUGUAUUGCCCACCUGGUGCGGAGAGUUGGUGUGCGUGGCAAAAAGCUGCAUCUGAGGAUACCUUAGAGGAGUUUCAGCAUGAUAAUGUUCCUCUGUGUGAUAAAGUUUUAGAAAUUAUAAAACCAAUUUAUGACAGUUUAUCAUCAGAGGAAUUAUUAACUCGAUGUUUAGGUUCUGAAACUCAAAACAAUAAUGAGUCUCUAAACUCAUUGAUUUGGACUUUCGCGCCGAAACAUAUUCAUUCUGGACCUAAGAUAAUUGAAAUAGCAACAUUUCUCGCUGUUUGCAUUUUUAAUGAAGGUUUCAUUCCAAUUUUAAAAAUGAUGACCCUUAUGGGAAUGAAAAUUGGGCCGGAAGCUCAUUCAUUUGCUGUGAGACGAGACAACGCCCGGAUUGAACGCUCCGAAAUACGUACAUCCAACGCUUCAAAGGAGGCCAGAACUGCUCGAUUGGAAGAGAGAAACGCAGAAAAUAGUUUUUUUGAAGUAGAAGAAGGUCUGAUGUAUGAAGCAGGAAUGGCAGAUUGAAUAAAAAUGACUAGGAGGAUUGAAAUCAUGUCAAAACUCAUCUGCCAAUUUUUUGACGCCCCCCACUUCAUCGGCUGCCAGUUUUUUAAAUUUUUGACUUUUUUUUUUUUUUAUUUUUUUCUGUACUUUUGAAACAUUAAUAAAUAACUGAUAAAA